CGCUGCGGCAUCCGCACCUCGGACAUCAUCAUCCUGCUGCACAUCGUCCUCAACCGCCGCACCUCGGGCAUCAUCGAGAUCGAGAUCAAGCCGCUGCGCAAGACGGAGAAGAGCAAGUCCUACUACCUGUGCACCUCGGUCUCGGCCCCCGCCGCCGCCGCCCUGGGCCCCGGGGCUGCGGGAGCGCAACCGCCCUGGGGAGAGACCACCUGGAUCUACCACGACGGCGAGGACACCAAGAUGAUCGUGGGUGAGGAGAAGAAGUUCCUGCUGCCCUUCUGGCUGCAGGUCAUCUUCAUCUCGCUCCUCCUCUGCCUCUCGGGUAUGUUCAGUGGCCUCAACCUGGGCCUGAUGGCCCUGGACCCCAUGGAGCUCCGCAUCGUGCAGAACUGUGGCACCGACAAGGAGAAGAACUACGCCAAGCGCAUCGAGCCCGUGCGGCGCCAGGGCAACUACCUGCUCUGCUCCCUCCUGCUGGGCAACGUCCUGGUCAACACCACGCUCACCAUCCUGCUGGACGACAUCGCCGGCUCGGGGCUGGUGGCCGUGGGGGUCUCCACCAUCGGUAUCGUCAUCUUCGGCGAGAUCGUGCCGCAGGCCAUUUGCUCUCGGCACGGUCUGGCCGUGGGCGCCAACACCAUCUUCCUCACCAAGUUUUUCAUGAUGAUGACCUUCCCGGCCUCCUAUCCCGUCAGCAAAUUGCUGGACUGCGUCCUGGGCCAGGAGAUCGGCACGGUCUAUAACCGUGAGAAGUUGCUGGAGAUGCUGCGGGUCACCGACCCUUACAACGACCUGGUCAAGGAGGAGCUCAACAUCAUCCAGGGAGCCCUGGAGCUGCGCACCAAGACGGUGGAGGACGUGAUGACUCCCCUCCGAGACUGCUUCAUGAUUGCUGCUGAGGCUGUGCUUGACUUCAACACUAUGUCUGAGAUCAUGGAGAGCGGUUACACCCGCAUCCCUGUCUUCGAGGGCGACCGCUCGAACAUCGUGGACCUGCUCUUCGUUAAGGACCUUGCUUUUGUGGACCCUGAUGACUGCACCCCGCUCAAGACCAUCACCCGCUUCUACAACCACCCGCUGCACUUUGUCUUCAACGACACCAAGCUCGAUGCCAUGCUGGAGGAGUUCAAGAAAGGCAAGUCUCACCUGGCUAUAGUACAAAGAGUAAACAAUGAAGGAGAAGGGGAUCCUUUUUAUGAAGUCCUGGGAAUUGUCACUUUAGAAGAUGUCAUUGAAGAGAUCAUCAAGUCUGAAAUUCUGGAUGAAACAGAUCUAUACACUGAUAACAAGACGAAAAAGAAAGUAGCUCAUCGGGACAGGAAGCAGGACUUCUCUGCCUUCAAGCAGACAGACAGCGAGAUGAAGGUUAAAAUAUCACCGCAGCUCCUCCUGGCAAUGCACCGGUUCCUGGCAACAGAAGUAGAAGCAUUUGGUCCAUCCCAGAUGUCAGAGAAGAUCCUUCUCAGGCUGCUAAAACAUCCCAACGUCAUCCAGGAGCUGAAAUACGAUGAGAAGAACAAGAAAGCCCCAGAACACUACCUCUACCAACGAAACAAGCCCGUCGACUACUUUAUUCUCAUUUUACAGGGGAAAGUGGAAGUGGAGGCUGGGAAGGAGGGGAUGAAGUUUGAAGCUGGUGCUUUCUCCUACUAUGGGGUGAUGGCCCUCACAGCGUCGCCAGUUCCCUUGUCCCUGUCUCGUACCUUUGUUGUCAGCAGAACAGAGUUGUUAGCAGCAGGUUCUCCAGCUGAAAACAAGUCUCCACCUCGUCCCUGUGGCUUGAAUCACUCAGACUCUUUGAACCGAAGUGAUCGCAUCGAUGCGGUGACACCAACAUUAGGGAGCAGCAACAACCAGCUGAACGCGUCUUUCCUCCAAGUGUAUGUUCCGGACUACUCAGUGAAAGCUCUCACAGACAUUCAGUUUGUCAAGAUCUCAAGACAGCAGUACCAAAAUGCCCUGAUGGCAUCCCGGAUGGACAAAACACCUCAGUCCUCGGACAGUGAAAACACUAAAAUCGAACUGACUCUUACGGAGCUGCAUGACGGUUUGCCGGACGAGACCGCAAACCUGCUGAGCGAACAGAACUGUGUGACUCACAACAAGCCCAACCACAGUAUGCACAGUGAAGGAGCCAUCUAGGAGCUGACUCCCCACAACCCACCCAUCCCAUCUCCUCAGCAGGACCAGCCCUCGCUCCUUCCUGCCUCCUCUCUGAGUGUGAACACCGUUAGUAUGUGCUUGCAACACUGUGCUGCUGCAUCCAGUGUUCUGAGACCAAAGACUUUUGCAUCCAUUCUGGGAGCAGAAGAGGAAGAAACAGGAAGAAAGGAGCAAAGAGCAAGAGACACUAAAGCCUCAAGCAUACUUUGGGAAUGGUGAGCCACCCUUGAGAACGAUUAAAAUACUUCUUGCAAAGUAGAAUCAUGUUUAUUUUUUAUCUGUAUUUUUGAUCCUUGUUGGGUUUUUCCUCCUCAAACACAUAUGGAGAAGUUUAAAAGCUCCUCCGGUUAUUUUUUCAAGAGAGAUCAUGUUUUUAAAAAGUAUUUUGUAGAGUUUUAAAUUGUUUCUGUCCCUC